CGUCAAUAUUUGACAUUGUUUAUCGUUAAUUUGAAAAUGUAAAAAAAUAAAUAUUUAACUUGAUUACGGUCAAAACUGAACAAUUUUUUAAUUUAAAGCGAAAUCUUUGGCUCUAAUUUAGUUGGGGCAAGAUGGAGAUGCAAGCGAAGCUAAAAGAAUGGUCACGGAAGAUGGGGUACACCGGCCCUGUUCCUGAAAAUCUCGAUAGUAUUUGCAAUGAGUCAACUAAAUUCAUAUGGGAACAAGUGGUGCAAAAUGUGCGCCCCAAACAAGAGGUCGAGCAUAUCAAAAGUACCAUAAUCAAUUAUAGGUUAAGAGAAAAGUCUUUGGAGGAGCAGGGAGAUUUCUUGUAUAAGUUGAAAGAAGUGGAAGAGUACAAAAAGAAAUUAGCUUUAGAAGAGAAACUUGCUGCCUUAAAAGAGAGUGUUAGAAACAAACAAUGUAAGGCAGACCGAUUGGCUCAGGUUUCCAAAAUCAAAGAAAUCUCAGUAGAUUUGCUUAGGAAAAGAAUCAAAGAAAAUGAGCAAAAGUGGUAUUUGCUUGAAGGCAAAAAGAAACUUUUAGAGACCCAACACUCACAAAUACAAGAGACUUUAAGAGAAGUGAAAUGUGAAACUGUCAAGAGCUGUAAUAAAAAAUCUAUUAGGGAGUCGCUGGAACAUUUAGUAGAGAAAGUCAGCCAGCAAGUCAAAACCAGCAUGCACACAAACACGGAACAAAAUGAAAUUGUGUAUACGACAAUAAAAAAGAAGAAACGGGACCCCUUAAACCAUUCCGUGGCCAACUACUUAUCCUUGCAAGAGCAACGGGACAAUGAAGAAAUCACCCGUUUGUGUUUGACCCAAGGAAGCAAGCAAAAAGAAACCAGGAGGGCCCUAGAACUCCCUACGAUUAAUGUGAUAACGGAAGGUGAUGAGAAGAAUGACUCUGAUGAACAGUUGGGAGUGAGACCUUUAAGUUCAAAUUUAACAUCGGAGUUUAGAAGUCCUAUUUCCAAGGCUGCAAGUAAACCGAAAAAAAAGGAAUCAUUGGGACUCCUGCCCAAUUCAUUCUUCGAAGACGACGAUAGGAGCGAUGAGGUUUUUUUGUGCAGUCCUAAUCACGACUUACCUCGAAAUGAUUGCUCUAGUCUAGUAGAUAACUCAAUAUUAUUUAACAGUAAAAGCCAAAAUGUCACGAAAAUAUUGAAAAAUGAUUUAUUGCUUGAUGAGAAAUUGAUUGGGGCCACAGUGAGGGAACUGCUGGCCAAUAAUAAUCGGGUUUUAAUAAGCGAAGUGUUGCAACAGAGUUUUGGGAAUGUUGUGGAGGAGUUUAGUAGAGGGAUUUCGGUCAACGAGGGGUCCAGGAAAAAGUUGAACGCAGUUGACAUGUGUAAACUGGAACUGAUACACGUACAGACCGAGCUGAAUAUCAUUCAGCAGAGGCGCGUUUUGAAGGAAUUAGUGGUGAAAAUCGCCAGGAAGAAGCUACAACUGUUGAGUUCGGCAAAAUCAAGGGAAAACAUCUGCGCCAUCCAAGAUUGGCUCGAAGGCACUUUAAAAGAGGUCACUAUAGAUGCGACAAUUUCCGCCAUAAAAAAACAACUGAACCAGUGCAAACUUCAACUGCAAGAAGAUGAAGAUACUGACACCGUCGUCAACAUUUUUAAAGUGAAAAAACGUAUUGAGGCCAAAUUGCUCGAUAUCCAACAACUAAUUAAUCAUCUACGAAACACCCAUAAAACGAUGGAGAAAACCAGACGGGCGGUUCAAAAUCAGAUUUAUCAGGUGCAAAUGUUGCAGUACGAUGUGACGUGGGCGGAUCCGUUGCUACGCGGGGGGAUUUUUAGUAAGGAAAUUGCCACUUUUGAGGAGUUUCCUAUGGAGGCUCAGAGGAGGUGCAUUCAUACGGAUCAAAACGUGUAUUACAAAGACAUUUGCACCGACAACUAUCCACAAGACCCCAACCUGGACGACAAAGACCUAAAACUCCUCCAAGACAUCCUGGAAAGUCCCUUAGAUGCCCCAGAAAUGGUCCUAUUGAAACUAAUCAAAGCCAAAAAGAAGAUGAACCUUCUGAAGUCCAUCAGACCAACAAACCACCCGUUCAUCAAACAAUACAGGGCGAAAUAUUCCUAUGAAGGUUUACAGCUUCAAGAUAGCUAUUUGGAGUCAGCUCUGGAACGCUUGAAGUCGAUUUUGUAUUCAUCUAAAGCUGAUAGGACCCUAGCUGCAGCCGAAGCUACUAGACAAGCCAUGGAGGUUUACAUGGAGAGUCCAUUGAAAGAUUUCAUUUCUGAGGAGAGGCUGGUUGAUGGGAAGAAUUUUCAGUUUUAUCAUAAUAAACUUAAGAGAUUUUUGUAGUGUUUUUUUUUUUUAUAAUAAAAGUUUUCUUUAA